AUGGCGUGGGACUUCCUCUCCUCUUCGCGCGACUUGGUGGGGAUGGUGCUCCCUCCGACCAAGCGCAUGAUCCACGCCCUCACGCCCCCGACGGGAAAGGCCGUCGCAAUCCCGACGCCAUCGGAGCUGGCCUUCUCCGAGGCUUGCAUGCUGCUUACCAAGAUACUCCUGGUGGAGGUGCGGGACGUCCUGCGGAGGCACAUGUCCAAGAAGCUGGUCGACGACGUUCUGGCGCAGAGACCGGUGAACCUGUUGACCUGGCCGGAGGUGGCUGGUGACGCCUUGGUGGCGUUGGUGAACCAUCGGGCACACCCGGAGAUGCGUACGAGUGAGAUGGCGGCGCUCCUCAGCGUCCGACCGUCGGGCUGGCUCGCGAGCAUCAUCAGGUGCGGAGACAUGGUAGCGAUUUUGAUCUCGAGGCCGCUGGCGGCGGCGUUCGUGCGACCGGUGGACCCCGCACAAGUGCCCGGGUACGCGGACGUCGUGUCCAAGCCGAUGGACCUGGAGAACACGGACUACUGGCACGCCGCGGACUCGCUCGCGCUGCUGACGGAGUCCUUGUACGAGUCAUGGGUGUUGCAGCCGGAGAGACGGAGAGACGCCGAGAGCAUGAAGGAGGCGGGGCUGGGAGUCGUGGACGCUCCCACCCCCGCCGCCUCCUCCUCCGCCGCCGCCGCCGCUGCUCCGGGGGUGACGACGCCAGCCACCGGCGCGCAGGUUAAGCAAGAGGAGUACACAUCGCCAGGUACCGCCACCGCGGGUGAAACCACUGCCGCCGCAGCCGGCGGAGUGGUCGUGGUCAAGAAGGAGGAUGAGCACCCCGCGGUCGGCGCUGCUGGCACAGACGCCACCGGUGCCGCGGUGCCCUCCACGACGCAGACGGCGGCAUCGAGGGUGGAGCCUGGAACUCGGCUGUCCUCCUCCUCCCCCGCCGCCGCUGCGGGGACGGACGCCAACGCGGCUUCUACUGCUGCUGCUGCCGGUACAACCACGGGGAUGGAUGUCGAUCAGAGUGGGACUGGGGACGCUGACGCGAAUAUCACUGCUGCCGCCGCCACCGCUGCCGUUGUCGCCACGGUGAAGACCGAGCAGCAGCAGGAUACGCCGGCGGGAGCAGCACAGGAAGCAGCAGCAGCAGCAGCCCGGCUUAGUCCCAACGCCGACGGCAGCACCAGCAGCGGCGGCAAAAAUUCGAGUAAUUCCGUCGAAGCGAACGGGGCUGCUUCAACCGCCGGCACCAACGGUGGCUGCGUGCAAAAACCCGACGAGGAGGCCGGGCAGCAGCGAGGAAAUGGGGGCACCGCUCCGGCGAUCACCACCACCACUGCCCCCCCUGCCGCCCGCGCCCCCGCUCCCGCCGGCAUCUCCCGCAGCACCUCCACCGGCGGCCGGCCGGAGCGGCUUCCCCUCGACCCGGCCUCGGUGCACCCGGCCUUCGCCGGCAGGCGGCCGCUCUCCAGGCACGAGUCGCCGGCGUCCGGGCGGUCCUACGGUCUUUGGGACCCCGCGGCCGUGCACCCGGUCUACUUCGGACACCUCCGGCACGACGGGGAGGCCUCGGGCGCCGCGGGCCUCGACGGCUGGACGGGGGCCGGGGACGGCGGGGCGAUCGACCGCGCUCUGCGGGUGCUACGAGGGGCGGCCGACUCCGAGGUAGCGGCGGCGGUGGUGGCCGGCGGGGCGGGGAAGGAGGUGGCCGGGGUGGUGAGGUGGUCGGCGGAGGAGCGGGCGACAGUGCUCGGGCUGCUGUGCGACGAGGUCUCGGCCACGGGAGUCGCUGUCGACCACAUGAAGGUAGGGGGUGGGGACGGGCGGAAUGCGAACUGUAGGUAG